AAGAAGUUAAGUAGGACAUAUGUAAUUUAUUACUUACCCUUUUUCAGCAAUGUGAAGGGAAGCAGUAUAAUAAUUGAACGAGGUAUUAAAAGAAAGAAAAAAAAAGUUUAUUUGGGUGUAGUUAAUUAACUAGUGUCUACUGUCUAGUGAGCUGUGUAGUGUUACUUCUUUAAUUUCAUAAAACAAAUUCCUCCUCACAUGGUUUCCCCUCCUAUCCCCUUACAAAUAUUCUCCCCCCAUACAUACUUGCCCCUCUUUUUUUUUUGCCUUUGAAAAAAGAAUUAUACUCUUAAACAUUAUUUUCUUCCAAUUUAUCUAUCUUUAACCCUUAAAGAUGGUGGAAUAAUUGUUCCCUAGAUGAUGAUGAAAUGAUGCCAACAUCAUCAACCAUCCUACUACUACUACUAUCCAUCAUCAUCUUCCUCUCUACAAUACACAUCUCUUCUAGUCUCAAUUCCGACGGUGUUCUCCUUCUUUCUUUCAAGUACUCCAUCUUAAACGACCCUCUAAAAGUCUUAGAGGGUUGGGAUUAUAACGACGCCACGCCAUGUUUAUGGCGCGGCGUCAGUUGUAAUAGUAGUAGUAAUAGUAAUAGCAGUUCUUUUAACUUGACCGCCUUAGAUGGCGGUUGGGGAGGAGGAGGAGACACCCCUCGUGUUGUAGGAGUGUCUCUUCCUGGAUGUCAACUUCUCGGGUCAUUACCCGCCGAUCUCGGCCUCCUUAACCACCUCCAAAUCUUUAACUUAUCCUCCAACUCGCUAAACGGGUCAAUCCCCGACUCGCUAUUUAGCUUACCGGAUCUCCGUGUUCUUGACGUGUCAAAUAACUUGAUCACUGGGGAACUGCUUGACUCUAUUGGCGGGUUACGGAGUUUGGAGGUGCUUGACGUUUCCGAAAAUGCCCUCGCCGGGAAUAUUCCGAGGAAUCUUGGGACGUUGAGAAAUCUAAGCUUCGUUUCUUUGAAGGGUAACUAUUUUUCCGGGAGUAUUCCGGGUGGGUUUAACCGGGUUCGGUUUAUGGAUUUAUCCUCCAACUUGUUAAACGGGUCACUCCCCGUUGAUUUAGGGGGUGAACAAAUCCAGAGAUUUAACCUUUCCUUCAACCGGAUAUCCGGCGAUAUUUCUCCGAUUUUCGGUAAUAAAAUACCAGAAAACGCGACUUUAGAUUUCUCCUACAAUAAUAUAACCGGUGAGAUUCCGGAUUCCAAUGUGUUUGUUUCUCAGGAAAAGGAUUCCUUCGCCGGAAAUCCGGAUCUCUGUGGGCCCCCUUCGGGUAACCCAUGCGCGAUCCCUUCAAGUCCAACUAGUCUCCCUACCGCCACCACAAGUCAGCCCAUUCCACCACCCGCCUUCGCCGCCAUUCCCAAAUCCUUCGCCACCUCCCCCGACGGCGGCCCAAAUCAAGAAAACCCCCCACCGAAGAAAGAUCAUGGACUUCGCCCUCGUAUAAUCGCCGCCAUUGUCGUCGGCGAUUUAACCGGGAUUGCAAUCCUCGCCAUGGUUUUCCUCUACGCUUGUAAAAGAAAAAACAACAGUGACGACGACGACGACACCAUUAUAAACACUGUAAAAACUCUGAAUAACAGAAGUCCAGCUUCAGCAGCAGGAUUUAGGAGAGAUGAUAUUCAUAAGUCGUCGUCAACAUCAAGGUCAUCCUCAUCGUCAUCGGAAUCAAAAGGAAUAUCCAAAUGGUCUUGUCUUCGAAAAGUAAAAAACGACGAUAACAACAACGACGACGAUGACGACGAUACAGAAUCAGAAUCAGAAUGCAGGUCCGACGACGACAGAAAAAGCGAGCAACGCCAACAACAGCAAGGAAAGCUAGUAACAGUAGAUGGAGGAGAGAUGGAGUUAGAAUUAGAGACGCUUUUAAAAGCGUCAGCCUAUAUAUUAGGAGCAAGUGGUACAAGCAUAACAUACAAGGCUGUUCUAGAAGAUGGGACUGUUUUAGCAGUUAGGAGAGUUGGGGAGUCGAAUAGUGUGGAGAAGAUGAAGGAUUUUGAGGGUCAUGUUCGGGCCGUUGCGAAGUUUGUUCAUCCGAAUUUGGUUAAGGUUCGUGGGUUCUAUUGGGGUUCUGAUGAGAAGUUGGUGAUUUACGAGUAUGUUUCCAAUGGUAGCCUCGCCAACGCCCGUUACAGAAAAACCGGGUCCUCACCAUGUCACAUACCAUGGAGUGUUCGGCUCCGAAUAGCAAAAGGGAUAGCCCGUGGACUAAAUUAUAUUCACGAAAAGAAGAAUGUACAUGGUAACCUCAAGCCCAAUAACGUACUCCUGGACGCAGAUAUGGAGCCCAAGAUUAGUGAUUUUGGGCUUGAGAGACUAUCCAUGGGUAAAUUUAGUUUUAUACCCGGCGGGUCAACCCGUCAUUUUGGUAGCAAAAGAUCCACAGCCUCAAGGGAGAGCUUCCAAGACUAUUCAGUUGGGGCCACCCCAAGCCCGAGUGGAAGCUCCAUCGGGUCAGUUUCACCUUACCACCCGCCCGAAUCAUUACGGAGCCUAAAGCCGAACUCAAAAUGGGACGUUUACUCAUUCGGGGUGAUGCUACUUGAAUUACUAACGGGUAAGGUGGUGAUAUCGGACGAAUAUGGGCCGCCCGUAUUAGCCGAGUUGGCAGUUGGGUUGGAGGAUCGGACUCGGAUGCUCCGGAUGGCGGACCCGACUAUCCGGGGUGACUUGGAAGGUCAAGAGGAGGCUUUGUUAAGUUGCUUAAAGUUAGGGUAUAAUUGUAUUUCAAAUGUGCCACAAAAGAGACCCUCAAUGAAAGACGCCCUCCACGUUCUAGAAAAGAUUACAUCAACUUCUCCAUCAACACCUCCACCUCCGUCGUCGUCGUCUUCGUCAUACUAUCAUGGUCCUUAGAUUUGCUACUAAUGUAUGGCUGACUUCACUUUGAUCCAUACCAAAUCAUUGUAGAUUUUGAGAGAUAAAAAUUAAAGAGUUACGUUGUAUGUAAAAUUGCCUUUUUGCCUUUUGUUCAUCUAUUGAUCACAUUAAUUUCCCCCUA